ACGAUAUUCAAGAUGAAAGCAAUGGUGUGUGCUCUUGCCCUGGCCGCCGUCCUGGCCGUUGCCAACUGUGCCCCUUACCAAAUCGCGUACCUGGUUCCGGUCGAUGCUCCGGUAGUCCGUGUUGCCCGUUCGCCACAGUUCAGUGGUAGCGCCGCUAAUGCCGGUGCUCAAUCGUUCAACGCUGGCGGUGGCUUCCCCGGCGGAUUCGGUGGAUUCUCUGGAUCAGCCGCUAAUGCUGCGUCGCAGUCGUUCACGCAGGGCGGUGGAUUCCCCGGACAUGGUGGAUUCUCUGGCUCGGCUGCUUCGGCCGGUGCUCAGUCGUUCUCGGGUGGUUCCGGAUUCCCCGGAUUCGGUGGAUUCAGCGGCUCGGCUGCCAACGCCGGCGCUCAAUCGUUCAGCGGUUAA